GCAUUUCGUUCGAUCCGUAACCCCGCCAGCCCUGAUCGGGAAUCUCCCGGGUACCAAAGCGAGUAAGUGCAUGUCCCAUCAUGCUCCUUUUCUGCUUCUUCUUCUUCUUCCCCCCUGGCUUUCUUCUUUCCGUUUACUGUAUUAUUUGUAUUAUUUGUAUUUUUUAUUUCACUUCCUCCCACAUCUUAGAUAUUUUUUUGGUUCAAUAUCCCAUCGAAUAUAACCCUUAUUCUCGAUGCGCGACAUCGAGCCAAUCUCUGGCCGUUUCGACUGCUCGCUGUGCCCCCCAGGUACCUCCCUCGCAAAUACACACCACAUACCUACAUCGUGCCCUCGUCGCAAUCUUCACCUUUCCUCGAUUGGGUACGCGUAUUACACGCACACACCUCCCUUGCCAGGAGGUAGGUAAGGUAAGUACUGCUGGCGUACUACCAAACACCGGGAGGAAGCUGUCUCUCCAGAAUACGUAUGCCUCAUAUACGAGUGCCUCUCGUGUGCACACAGUAGCACGCGCACGCUCGGCGGUAGACACGCCCCGUGGGCACGCGAGACUUUUUUAUCAUCUAUUUUUUUUAUACCCGCCCGUCUAUCUGUCCUGACUCCCUCCUACAUACGCCUCCGUAUACCCACCUACCAACCGCACCUCGCUCUGCUCCCCGCCGGCCCAGGGCCUGCUCCCGUCGCCACCGCGUCCUUGCAGCUUCUCCCUCUUGCUAUCCAUCUGUGCCUCGCCAACUGUGGAGGACAACCAGCCCGGUGUCCGGGUGCCACGCGUGGAAGC